AUGAACCAGGAACUUAAAGAAACGUUCAUUGCGAACUUGGGGGAAUGGGAAUGGGACGAAUCCUGGAAAUCGUUCUCAGAGCUCGAUCCAGAAUUCUUCGAGGCCAGCGUGAGAUUGAAAGCUGUCCCAAAAAAGAGCGAACAUCUUUCGCCCAAGGUCCAAAGCUUCAUUUCACUGGCCGUUAACUCUUCAUCAACACACCUGUACGCGCCAGGUGUUAGGGCGAACAUCAAGGAAGCUUUGGCUAAUGGAGCCACAGGCGCAGAAAUUAAGGAAAUCAUCCAGCUUACAUCAACACUUGGCAUACAUGCAUGCAACGUUGGUGUCCCUACAUUAGUAGAGGUUAUGAAGGAGGAAGGGCUGUACGAUAGUCACCCUACGGCAGGAAAGCCUUUGGACGCUUCGAAGCUUCAGUUACAGGAAGACUUCACUCAGAAGCGCGGCUACUGGCAUAGCUUCUGGGAAGAGUUCCUUGCACUGGAUCCAGACUUCUUCGCAGCAUACACCACUUUCUCCUCAGCCCCAUGGCUUCCGGAUGACUCCAAGGCCAAGAAUUUGGGUGUACUAGAACCGAAGGUUAAAGAACUAAUUUACUGCGCAUUUGAUGCCGCCGCCACACAUCUGUAUCGCCCGGGACUGAAAGAACACAUGAGGAAUGCGCUGCGGUACGGAGCGACUGUGGAAGAAAUACUGGAAGUGCUUGAAAUUGCGUCGCAGCUAAGCAUUCACACAGCCAAUCUAGCUUACCCAAUACUCGCCGAGGAACUCGAAAGUAAGAAAUGA